AUGUCUUCCUCCACUUCUUCUUCUGCUUCUUCUUCGUCUUCCCAUGACGGCAAUGGCAAUGGCGGUGGCAAUGGCAAUGGCGGUGGCGGUAGCGUUGGCGCCACUAGUGCAAGAAGAGGGGGUGAUUUUGAAGGGCCUUCAUCGUCUCGCAGGCGCGCCGUCAACGAGGUCUGGCCGGAGCCUUUUGUUGAAGCUCUUGCUGCCCAAGUCGCCAUUGACGCUUCUCACUCCUUUGGCCGCCUGGCUGCCGCUCCUGCCCUCGCCAAUGUAUUUCGGGUUUCUUCCACGUGGCGAGCAGUCUCUCGCUCCGAUCUCCUCUGGCAUCGCCUCACUCGUAGCAUCUGGGGCAGGACCCACCUCCUCCGCGCCACGUGGCGCGACGAGUUCGUGUACUGGCAUCGGACGGCCCAGAACUUCCGCGCAGGGAGGUCGUCGCACGCCACGCUGAACUUCUUCGACCUGACCGACAUGGACGACCCCGACGCUCACACGUGCCGGUGCAUAACUCUCUCCGAUCGUCACGUGGCGUGCGGGUUCGCCGACGGCGCGGUCCGGCUCUUCGACAUCGAGAGCUUCGUCCACAUCGGCACGUUCCAGCCCCACCACCCAAACCGUCUCGGUCGGUUCUCGCAGGCGGUGUCGGGGAUCGUCCUAACCAGCAAUUCCGGGUUGGUGUUCGCCAGGCUGGACGGGGACAUCCACGUGGCGAUCAUUAAUGAGCCUGGUCCGGCGGCCCAUCCGCGGAGGGCCCAUGCGGGGGACGUAGUGAGGGACGGGGCUUUGGUGGACUUCACAGGCUGCGACAGGUGGUGGGUGGGCCUCUACGCGGGGGCGGCGGGCCGGGCAUUCCACAUAUGGGACGGGGUGACGGAGGAGCUGUUGUUCGUGGGUGGGUCGUUGACCGACCCGGAGGCUGUGAUGGGCUGGCACAUGCUGACAGAAGCAACUGAGUUCGUGGGACGGGUUCGGGUCACAAACCAGGAAUUGGGCGUGGCGUGCACGAGCUCGAGAGUGAUGGUGUUCGAUCUGAGGAACCACGGGAUGAUAUUGGGUGAGGAGGAGUACCGGAGAGGCGUGGUGGUGACUUCGCUGGACGUGGGAGACGGGGUGUACGUUACCGUGGACGGGCGCGGGAGGGCUAGCGUGCGCAGGGUGGAGACGAUGGCGGAGGUGUGUAGGUUCAACAUGGGGGCGAGUGGCGGCGGGGUGAUGGGGUGCAUGAACAUGGGUUGCGUGCUGCGAAGCGCUGGCAGAGUGAUUAUGGUGUGGGGGGCAGAGCAUGGAGAGUAUCUGUACCGGUUUAGGGACAGAGUCGGGGAACUAAACGCUUUUGUGGCGAAUGAGAGACACGUGGCUGCUGCGGGAAUUGACACGACAAUACACCUGUGGGAUUUUGGUGCGCAGUAG